UCCGCUUUGCUGCUUGUGGAUCCGUGAAAGUGGAGCAGUUGUAAUUGGGGACAACAUUCCAGUAGCUGUUUUAAGCAUUUCAACCUAAGUUAAAAGUACCAGCGAAGUAAAAGUUCCAAAUCAACCUUUUUUAUUCAAAAUGUUCAUUGAAACAUGCAUAGCUCCUGUGAACAUUGCUCUGAUUAAAUACUGGGGCAAGCGGGAUGAAGAGUUAAUACUGCCCAUCAAUGAUUCGCUCAGCGUGACCCUAAGCACCGAUGAGAUGUGCGCCAAGACAACAAUAGCUGCUUCAGCUUCCUUCAAGUGUCACAUUAUGUGGCUCAAUGGCGAGGAGGUGCCGUUUGAAGAGAAUCCACGUACCAUGCGCUGUUUAAAGGAGAUACAGCGACUCGCAAUUGCAAAAGGUCAGCUAAAAUUCCCCAUAGACUGGAAGCUGCACAUUGCAUCGCAUAACAAUUUUCCUACAGCUGCUGGCUUGGCAUCUAGCGCUGCGGGUUAUGCGUGCUUAGUAAAAACGCUGGCAUUUUUGUAUGGCGUUGAUGGUGAAGAAUUGACGGCAAUAGCGCGGCAGGGCAGUGGGUCUGCAUGCCGUAGUUUAUAUGGCGGCUUUGUACGGUGGCACAUGGGCAACCGCAGUGAUGGCAGCGACUGCCUUGCACUACCUGUAGCUCCGGCAGAACAUUGGCCAGAAUUGCAUAUUUUCAUAUUAGUUGUAAAUGAUGCGCGUAAAAAAACAAGCUCAACCAAGGGCAUGCAGUUUGCUGUGGAAACAUCAGAUCUGAUUGCACAUCGUGCGAAACAUUGCGUGCCAGAACGUAUAGCGGCAUUAAUCCAAGCUAUUGCAAACAGAGAUUUUCAAAAACUGGCUGAAAUCACUAUGCGCGAUUCGAAUCAAUUUCACGCUAUUGCAUUGGAUACGUACCCACCAUGUGUGUACAUGAAUGAUGUUUCGCAUGCGAUCGUAGAAUUCGUGCACUCCUACAACGAAGCAGCAGGAGAGAUAAAGCUUGCCUACACUUUUGAUGCAGGGCCCAAUGCUUGUUUGUACGUGUUGGAACGGGACGUAUGCGCUGCGUUGGUGGCCAUCAAAUCCAGCUUUCCAAAUGAUGAGGAACACAGUGUCGAAUAUGUUAAAGGUAUACCAGUAGGAUGCGAGCAAAAGGAGAGUAAUGGUUUCAAUGGCAACGCAAGUUUGCAUAUUAAUAACAAGAAUCUCCUUAAAUAUAUUAUUCACACGCGUAUU